AUGCAUACUGAAACUGUAGUCCCUGCAAUAUAUGGCACAGUGACCACAAUAUUUCAUGACCUAGUGGACCCAGCAGUAUAUGAUGCAGCCUCUACCAAAAUAAGGCAUUUGUGGCCUCAGCAAAAUAUACAGUUUCGCCUAGAAUUCUAUCAGCAGUUCCAGGCCUUAAGGUAUGCAGUUGAGGAGAUUAACAGAAGUUCUGACCUUCUCCCUAAUGUUACCCUGGGUUUCUAUGUUUAUGAUUCCUGUUCUGUUCUUAAAAGUGAGCUGCAAGGAACAUUCUGGAUGCUCACUGGCCUGACCCAAGAAAUGCCAAAUUACAGCUGCAAUGAAAGUCCUCUAUCUGCUAUCAUCGGUCACUCAAAAUCAACAUUCUCCAUACUUAUGGCUCAUAUCCUUGGACUGUACAAAUUCCCCCAGAUCAGCUACUAUUCCACCAGCUCUCUGCUGAGUGAUAGGACACAGUUCCCAACUUUCUUUAGAACCGUUCCAAGUGAUGUAUUUCAAUCCAAGGGCUUGGGCCAGUUGGUGUUACAUUUCAAAUGGACCUGGGUUGGCCUCAUAGCCUCUGAUGAUGACUAUGGUUACGAGGCAUUACAGGUAAUCAAAGAGGAGAUCAUUGAAUCAGGAGCUUGCAUUGCUUACACAAUAUAUAUUGCAACAAAUCAGAAAAAUCAAAAUAUGCCAAGCAUUGUAAAAUUAAUUAGCAAAUCAACUGCCAAUGUCAUAAUAGUUUUUGCUGUUGAUGUCUUCUUGAUUCCUCUUCUGGAUGAGAUGCUGGAGCAAAAUGUAACAGGGAAAACCUUUAUUGCCAGUGACGCCUGGUCCAUUUCAAAUAUUUUGACAGAAAUGAAGUACUCUACCAUGCUCUCUGGAGCAAUUGGCUUUGCUUUUCACAGCUCAGAAAUUCAAGGAUUUCAGGAGUAUCUCAAUUCUCUUAAUCCCCUUGAACCUCCAGGAAUAGAUUGGUCCAAAAUGCUUUGGGAAGAAAUAUUCAACUGCAAAUUUUCUGAUUAUACCAACCUUAGUAAUAUUCUGAAUAAUCAAGAAAAUAUAUGCACAGGGAAGGAGAAUCUAGAACAUGUUCAGAACAGUUACAAUGAUGUGUCCAACUUAAGAGCUUCCUACAACAUCUAUACUGCAGUGUAUUUGAUAGCAAAAGCUUUGGAUGACCUCAGCCAUUGUCAAGGCUUGACUGGACCAUUCUCUGGAGGAAAAUGUUCAGAUAUAAAAAACAUCCAAUCUCAGGAGGUCUUGUAUUAUAUUAAGAAAGUCAGAGUAAAAAUGAACAAUCAAAGGGAAGUUUACUUUGAUAAGGAUGGAAACCCACCAGCAGUAUAUGACAUAGUGAACUGGCAGCCUGGGUCAGAUGGCACCAUGAAGCAGGUGAAAUUGGGGAGUUACGACACUCUCAAUCCUACUGAAAAUGUAUUUAGCCUUAAUACAAGCUUGAUAUUGUGGGGAACAAUAAAUCAGGAGACUCCACUCUCAGUCUGUAGUCAGAGUUGCCCAGUGGGGUUUAAGAAGAUAUUGAAGAGAGAAGAACCUGUGUGCUGCUUUCAUUGUGUUCCAUGUUCCCAAGGAGAGAUCUCAAAUAAGACUGAUUCCACUGACUGCUGGAAGUGUCCCUGGGAAAUGUGGCCAGGCAGUGAACAAGACAGAUGUGUUUCAAAACCUGUUGAGUUCCUAUCCUAUGUGGAGCCACUUGGAAUCACCCUGGCAGUGACCACUGUAUUCUCUUCCCUAGUGCCGAUUACCAUCUUUUAUCUUUUCAUAUGUUAUAAAAGCACCCCACUUGUGAGAGCCAAUAACUAUUCUGUGAGCUGCAUUCUCUUAGUAUCCCUGUCAUUCUGCUUCCUCUCUGCUUUGGGUUUUAUUGGUUACCCAGAACCCCAGAAGUGCCUUCUACGUCAGGCUGCAUUUGGCCUCAUCUUUACCCUCUGUGUAUCCUGCAUUUUGGCCAAAACUAUUAUUGUUGUUUUUGCCUUCAUGGCCACUAAACCUGGGAGCAGCCUCAAAAAAUGGACAACACCCCGUGUGCCCUACAUGAUCAUUGUCAAUUGCACCUUUGCACAAUUCCUCUUGUGUGUUAUUUGGUUAUCUCUCUCUCCUCCUUUCCCACAAUACAAUAUUGAAGCUAAACCUGGAAUCAUUGUUGUAGAGUGCAAUGAAAACUCUCAAUUUGCCUUCUGGUGCAUGCUGGGAUAUCUUGGAUUUUUAUCCACUGUCAGUUUCACUGUAGCUUUCCUGGCCAGGAGGCUCCCUGACAACUUCAAUGAAGCCAAAUUUAUAACAUUCAGUAUGUUGGCCUUUCUCAGUGUCUGGGUGUACUUUAUUCCAGCGUCUCUCAGUGCCCAGGGCAAAUAUACUGUUUCCAUGGAGAUCUUUGCAGUUCUAACUUCCAGCUGGGCAAUUGUGGUGUGCAUGUUCCUCCCCAAAUGUUUCAUUAUAUUAUUCAGGCCCAACAUGAACUCCAGAGAAAAUAUAAUGGGCAAAAGCACAGGCAGAAAAUAA